UCCAAUCUCUCACAUUCUCUCCUCUCUUUGUGUCUGCUUCCUCCCCAUCUCCAUGCUCGCGUGCUGUGCUGACCUCCUCGUUCUCGCUCUCGCUCUCGUCGGUUCCUGCUGCUACAUCCACCUAUCGCCAUCACCGCCGCUGUUCCAUGCCCCUUUCCCUCCCUUACGUUGACACCCGUUGAUCUUCCGUAUAUCCUGUCCGUCUCCUGCGUCAUCUGGCUUCUUGUUCCUCUAUACGACUCCUCCGUCUACGAAUUUUCUCGGUUGUUUCAGCUUCUCCGCAGGCCCGCCCAGCCACCCCUCCCCUCCGUCUCUCCACUCCUUCUAUGUGAGGUAAGGCAUAGUCUUUCUCUCUCGGGGGAUACCUGCGGACGAGUACGGUUCAUGAGUUUUACGGCCUAUCUCUUCGAAGCAAUCUUUGCGUUGGUAUUGUGGUUUACGCCAUGCAAGUGAACGGCAGGGUUAAGGACCGUCCGGAUGACGCUCCCAUUAGACCUGUUUCUAGUCUUCUCUCGCAUUUCGAAAAUCUCUCUCAUCCCAGGCUUGACGAAACGUCGCGCUUCCUAAACGCUACGGAUCCUACGAAAAGUGAUGAUCCUCGAAGCCCAGUUCGCGCCUCUUGCGAUCUAGAGCGACCGCGCUCUCCUUGGGGCUUGAAUCCAGACUCGCGCCCUCCCCAGCGGUAUGGUCAUGCCAAUGGAGAUGGCUUGCGACGGCGCGGGUCCUCGGCCGCCCGGAGAGAGAGGCCGCUCUCUGCUGUCUUUCCUCCCCCGUCACCGCAACCGGCUCCGACCCUGACUAUAAACUCUCCUCGGUCUCCGCCUCGCUCAAAUGGAGAUCGCAAAUAUGAAGAGACUCUAAAUAAUGUCACGGGGACUAAACUCUCCCAGAGUCCGCCCGAUCUGGCGCGCGAGUCCAUGCCUCCAAUUCCUCCCAGGUUAUCACCUCGACCGACAACUCCCAUCUCUGGGUCUUUGAUUCCACGAGAACAGCGUUUGAGCCGUCUAUCACCGAGCACACCCCCAUUUUCGGCUAGUGAUGGACGGUUGAGCCCCAGUCCAAUGAGUGGGAAAGCAAAGAGCUCGUCGGUGCCUCCGCCUGUUAACAGGGCGGAAAAGCCAAAGAUUCCCAUAAAGCCGCCGAACUUGGCACAGAAUGCUGAUACGGUAUCACCCACUCCGCAUCCAGAGCGGUCAUCAUCUUUGGCGAGGCCAGUUUCCCCCUUCGCCACGCCGCCGGAAAGUCCAGAGAUGAAGCCAGAGCGUCAGGCCUCUCCCGAGAAUAUUAACAAGCUCACUCCCUCUUCACAGUCAUCAACCGAACCUAUACGUGCCAGGUCUUCCGAAGGGCGUGUGCCUCGUCUGCCUGCGCGGGAUGCAAGGGAACUGGGGUUCACCCGGCGACGGCCCAUACCAGAGCCUUCUCGGGAUACAAAGCCGUCGAUGAUGCAGCAUGUCCCGCCACCGCCACGGAUGCCCGCGCGCCCGGGUACUCAUGCGGCGCCGUUUCCAGUUUCAAGAGGCUCCAUCAGUGACGCUCAGCACGACCGUCCGAGCCUACCGCCUCGACAACCAACCCUGCCUGCGCGUCGGGGCCAUGUGUCUCCAUCUCGCCAACAAUCGACGCUUAAUGCACCAGAUCUUUCUGUGCGUCCGACAUCGGUUGCAAAGGUGGAAGGCACUUCAUUACAUCCCAAUGGGACUCGGGCUUUGAUACAUGUCCAACCACUACCACCACCACCUCCUCCCCCAGUGCUUCAUCCAACACCAGUUUCGCGAUCCACAAAGCCUGGUAUGCAGCCGGACCGGCAAUCGCCAACCCGUGCGGAACCUGAGGGAGAGGAUCUGCCGCUGGAGGAACCAAAGUACCGGUCUGAUUUCCCGGACUCUACGCAAGUGAACCGACGUCCACCCUACCUGAAGAGCGGCCCCAGAGAAAUCCCCACGAGAUACGAUACCCGGCUGUUCGACGUCUGCGGGAAGUAUGUUUGUACGACUGGCUACUUGACGCGGGUCUGGGAUCUUGCGACUGGCGAACAAAUUAUGAGUUUGAGUCAUGGCGAGACUGUCAAAUGCCUGUCCGUUGCUUUCAAGCCCGGCCAAGGACUGCAAGAUGAGGGCCAGCGGUUAUGGCUUGGCACGAGCGUUGGCGAACUUCAUGAAGUUGAUAUUGCUACCCAGUCCAUAGUGGCAUCCAGGUCUUAUCCUUCACGUCGCGAAGUCAUCAAGAUUCUUCGACAUAAGAAGGAACUUUGGACUAUUGAUGAUGAAGGUAAGCUACUUGUGUGGUAUCCAGAUGAGACUGGUACGCCCAAUCUGCAGUACAGUUACCACACUCCGGUCGACCGUGUUGCCAAAGGCCACACGUUUUCCAUGGUUAUAGGCGAUCGGCUUUGGUUAGCUACGGGCAGGGAGGUUCAUGUCUAUGAGCCCGGCGCUCAGGAUGCUGCAUCAUUUAAGGUCCUGAAACGACCUUUAAGUCGGCUGCACACUGGAGACGUCACGUCUGGCGCGUACACCUCCAAGAAUGGUGGCCUUGUUUACCUCGGUCACGCAGACGGUAAAAUUACCGUCUAUUCACCGACGGAUUUCUCGUGCAUAACUUCCGUCUCUGUGAGCACCUAUAAAAUCAACUGCCUGAGUAUGGUCGGUGACUAUCUAUGGGCGGCGUAUAAUACUGGUAUGAUGUAUGUCUACGACACAUCAGCAAAUCCGUGGGUUGUGAAGAAGGACUGGCGCGCCCACGAUAAACCCGUCUGUGGCUUUCUGCUAGAUGCAAGCAGUCUCUGGACGUUGAAUCGUAUGCAGGUCACAUCGUUGGGAGACAACUGCAUCCGUCUCUGGGAUGGUUCGUUGGAGGAUGAUUGGCUCGAUGCUCGAAUGCAAGCCAAGGAUGUUGAAUACUGCACAUUCCGUGAAAUACAGGCUUCUAUUUUGACUUGGAAUGCUGGCGCUUCAUCUCCAGGCAGUGUACGCGACAACGACUUCAUCGAGGAUGCAAUCCAUCCAGACAACCCUCCCGAGAUCUUGAUCUUCGGGUUCCAGGAACUUGUAGACCUGGAGAACAAGACGAUCACAGCCAAGUCCUUGCUUCUGGGCAGCAAGAAAAAGGACAGCGGGGAAAAGGAGCAUAUGAGUCGGCAGUAUCGGGUCUGGAUUGAGCAUCUGACUAGGCGUAUUAAUGACUGUAUGCCCCUGGACGAGUCAUAUGUGCUCCUUCACACGGCAAAUCUUGUUGGCCUCUUCACAUGUAUUUUCAUCAAACACAGUGAACGUCAGAGGAUUAAAAACAUCAGUGCCGCAGAGGUUAAACGUGGAAUGGGUGGCCUGCACGGGAAUAAGGGCGCUCUCAUUCUUCGCUUUAUUCUUGAUGAUACGUCUCUUUGCUUCGUCAAUUGUCAUUUGGCGGCUGGUCAGUCACAGACGGCACAUCGUAAUAACGAUAUCGCUGCCAUUUUAGAAAGUGACUCUCUCGCGCCGGAAAAUAGCCCCACGACCCGCGCGGACCGCUUCGUCGGUGGCGGCGAUGGUUCUAUGAUUCCGGAUCACGAAAUUUGCAUCUUAAACGGGGACCUCAACUACCGCAUUGACUCUAUUCCUCGAAACGUUGUCAUUGAUGAUAUCAGGAACAAUAAUCUCACCAAACUGCUGGACCGUGAUCAACUUCUCGCGUCGAGACGGAAGAACCCCGGUUUCCGCCUGCGGUCUUUCAAUGAGGGUGCCAUCACCUUUGCGCCGACGUACAAGUAUGAUGUUGGCACUGAUAAUUAUGAUUCGAGCGAAAAGAAGCGUGCGCCGGCAUGGUGUGAUCGGGUGCUCUAUCGCGGAUUGGGGAAGAUCAAGCAGGUCGAAUAUCGGCGACAUGAAGUUCGCGCGUCGGAUCAUCGGCCUGUGAGUGCACUGUUCAAGCUUCGGAUUAAGACAGUGAUGCCCAACGAACGUGCGACGACUUGGGAAGUGUGCCAGGAGGAAUUCCAACUGGAGAGACGGAGAUUGGCAUCUGAAGCUAGCAUCGAAUAUCUUAUCAACAUCCUCGGAACUGAACCUAACGAAGCACGUAAACUGAUCCUUGAACAUGAUGCCAAAAAAUAAAUACGGACCUAUUUCACGACCGACCCGGCUCCAAGCAAUACAGUUACGAGUUAUAUUGUCAUUACCUCUUAUCAUGUUCAGUGAACUAUACACCCUUUCCGUUGCAUUUGCUGGUGAAGCAAAGUGCGUUUGGCUUUUAUUUAUUCUGUCCCUUGCUCUGCUGAGUCGGUUUUGGGGAACCUGACUGCAGGCACUUUUCUUUCCCACCAUCUCCCCCCAGAAAGCUCAAGGGUAUUGGGAGCUCUGGGAGUCGGGAGACAUGUGUGAUUUUGUCAUCUGUUAUUGAUGACUCGACACGUAAUAGAGUUGUGCUGGUUUCUUUUGUGCUUUAUUUUUCGUUUGUUUGAUCUUUCACUGUUGAAUGCCUGCUGCUCACUGUCAAUGUAGCAGUUUGUGACAGCAAUUUCUGGACUCAACAAGGCUCAACUUGGCCAUUGCAUAGCUGGAUGGGUGGCGAUACUGAUAUUGAUGUUGAAUGUUGGGAUGGAUGAGGUUUGGUCUGGUUUGGCUUGCUGUACGCGUACGCGUACGACUGAUGACUUCCAUGAUAGACUAUUAUGUAUUUAGUAUCGAUUAAUUAUAGGUAUUGAUGGGGUGAGGGUGGGUGAAUAGAUGUGGGAUAUAUAUAUAUAGCUUUAGGAACGCAGGAAAUGUGGAAACUGAUCUCUGUUGAAAAAGCCUAGUUAAGAUGGGAUAACUAAAUAUUAGAUAUAUAUAAAUUAGGG